GAUCGCCCGGACACCUGCACUCAUUUAUACCCAUUAAUCCUAGCUCUCCUGCUUACCGCCCACAUUUAAACACCCGAGACCCUUUUGAAAAUAACGAGCCCGCAAUGUCGCAUUACACCCCCCUCGAGGAGAUUGCAGCCAUUCACACCGCGCUGAAUCAAGGUUUCCGCUCGGGCAAGCUCAAGUCGAUAGCGUACAGGAAGCAACAGCUGCUCAGCCUCGCGUACCUCAUCAAAGACAACGCGGAGCGCUUCCAGGAGGCGUUCGCGGCGGACCUGGGGAGGCCCGUGCUCGAGGGCGCGUUCCUCGAGAUCGACGGCUCCAUAACCGAAAUCAAAACAGCUCUAAACUCGGUCGACAAAUGGGCCAAGACGGAGCGGCCCCCGUUCAGCCUGACGUGGACGCCCAUGCGCCCCGCGAUCCGCAAGGAGCCGAAGGGCGUCUGCCUCAACAUCGUCCCGUUCAACUACCCGCUGUGGCUGGUGGUCAGUCCCCUGGCGGGGGCGAUAGCUGCGGGCUGCGCGAUGGUGGUCAAGCCGUCUGAGCUGACACCGGCGAUGGGCGCGCUGCUCGCGGAGCUGUUCGCCAAGUAUAUGGAUCCGGACUUGUAUCGCGUCGUGAACGGCGCGAUUCCGGAAACGACCAAGCUCCUUGAUCUCCCGUGGGGACACAUAUUAUACACAGGCAGCGGACGAGUAGGCAAAAUCGUCGCCGGCGCAGCCGCCAAAACGCUCUCCCCCGUCUCCCUCGAGCUCGGCGGGAAAAGCCCCGUCUUCGUCGACCCCAAGUGUGAUUUGACCGUGGGCGCGCGGAGGCUGUUAUGGGGGAAGUUCGUCAACGCCGGGCAGACGUGCGUCGCCCCGGACUACGUGCUCGUCCCGCGCGACUUCCAAGAUACCUUCGUCGCCGCGCUCACCGAAGCGUACAACGCCUUCUACCCCUCCGGCCCCGGCGCCUCCACCUCCCUCACGCACAUCGUCUCCAGCGCGCACACCGCGCGCAUCAAACGGCUCAUCGACGAAACGAAAGGUAAGACCGUGCUCGGCGGCGAGGCGGACGUGGAGAGGAAGUACGUCGCGCCGACGGUGGUGCGGGACGUGGGUCCCCAGGAUUCGUUGAUGAGCGAAGAGAUAUUCGGCCCCGUGCUGCCCAUCGUACCCGUCGACAGCCUGGACGAGGCGAUCGCCUUCGUCAACGCACGAGAACACCCGCUCGUGCUGUACGUGAUGUCGCAGGACUCUGCGUUCAAAUCCAAAGUGUUCGACAACACGCAGAGCGGCGCGGCGAUUGCGAAUGAGUAUAUUAUUCACUGCGGAGUGGACGGCCUGCCCUUCGGCGGGAUCGGCCCCAGCGGAAACGGGUACCACACAGGCAAAUUUUCGUUCGACAUGUUCACGCACCUGCGCGCGGUGCUGGACUCGCCGGGCUGGAUCGAUAGGAUUCUCGGGGCGCGGUACCCGCCGUAUGAUGAUAAAAAACUCAAAGCAGUCGCCGCCCUCGCGAACACGAAGCUCCCCCCGCGCAACGCCUUCAAGUUCCAGGGGGAGAAGAAGAGAUGAGGUAGACUGCAAGUCAAGGGAAGGAUAUGCGGUGGGGGAUGAGGACGGGGACGGGGACGGGGACCUGAGGGUUUAUAAGGAUGGAGUGAGGGAGGUAUCAUGGCGGAGGGUAGGGAUUGUGGCCAUGCAUAAGGAAAACGAUCUAGGUAUUCGUGCUCGUAUAACACCUGUAUACCCUCCUUAUGUGUGCUUCCCUUGAGAGCACCUAAUCUCACGGUUCACACUC